AUGAUAAAACCUCAUUGCAAUCCGAAACACAAUGAAUUCUGUUUGCGUUUCUCAUUCCCUACAGUAGUUACACGUGUUUUGAGUUCUGACUCUAAAACUGUAGAUCCAAUGGUCGGUCGCAGGAAAUUAGUACCAGAUUUUGAAUCAGUUAAGAGUGUAGACAGCAAUGAUCUCAUACACAAUUCUCGGCCCAAUUCAGGCCAACCCAACACCACAGACAGGGCGUCGGUUAUUGACAAUCAGCCGAAGCCUAAUGAUAAUUAUAUGGACGACACGUUAGCACCGGAUACUGAAUACCGGCAAAGCUAUACCUGGAAUAAAAUUUCCUCAAAUAAUAAUAACGACAAUAAUUACUCCGAAGAAAAUUUAAGUCAAUCAGAAUACAAGUCAUCCUUCGGUUGGCCGAAGAAUGCAAGAGAAACUCAACACAAGGAGUUUGAGACGACAACAGUUCCCGGGAAAGCGGUUCCCGUAGAGAACACAAUGAAGAAGUCAUUAACAAUGUCCAGUUUGAGUGAAGUGGCCGACAGACCAGAAGAGACAUCAAAUGCGGCUCCGAGUCACGAACCGAAGACCAAAAAAAGUGAAUACAACGCCAAGUUUAGGCCAUUUUCUGCAUACAUUUACGUGUCGGGCAAUGGAUUCAAAAAGCCCAAGAAUGUGGACGCAAUGGAUGAGGUGGACAAAGUGAAGAACUGGUACUCAGAGGUGGAGGAACGCAGCAGACAAGCCAAUCACUACAAGACUCGGUCACAAUUAGGUCAUCCGGUGGCGAGUGAAGGGUUGAACCAAAUCUACUCUCAGGGCUCGAUAUGGAAUAACUAUCACAGAGACCGCAAUCUUCAGGCACUGGCCUUAGAGACCACUCAAAAGAUCAUCGAAGAGAAGAAACAGGAGAGAAGCGGUCGAGCAGUCGCGUCGGCCCCCAAAACAGGCCGUAAAAGAUGUUUAAGUUCUGCUCCGCCGACACUCAGAUCUCAAGUACACAACACCACUAACGCAACGGUUCGCACAAAAUCGCCGCAAACUUUACAUUCUCGUUCCGCUGACAGACAACCGAAAAAAUUGCCAAAAACGGCUCCAAUCGCUGCAACUCCUAAACCCGAGGGAAAGAUUUGGUUAAAACCCAAACCGAAGCCACAGGAGUCGACAGUUGAGAAGAAACCAGUGCCCAAACACUUGCCAUUAGAUUCCAAUGCAAACGAAAGUAAAGUCCCGAAUCUUAACGAAAGGAUUGGAUCAAAGUCUUCACAUCAACAGUCAUCUCAUCCAAAAAGUGAAGCAAUUAAGAGCUCUAAAGGGCCGGCAAAAGCGGCCGCACAUCCCGUGCCAUCAGAUACCGUCAAACAGAGCACACAUAAUAAGUCUAACAAAGAGAUUACAAAACCGCAAACACUUGAUUCAAAUGAAACAAAUAAAAUGAAAAUCAAUUUGAAUGAAGAAAACAAUGCGAACACUAAAAGAAGAUUUAGUGUCGAAAAGUCACCCAUAAGUGGUAAUGCCGAGAAUGAAGUACUCAUACAAAUCCAUUCAAACGGAUCGCUUUGGAAUCAAAGGGAUCGCAAUUUACAGCAAUCGGAGACUUCGCCCAAUAGUGUCACUAAAUCGUUACCUCUUAAAGAUAAGUCUUUAAGUGUUUCCGAAAGCAGUGAUAAUACACUGAAAGACAGCCAUAAUAUAGAUGACAGUCAAACAAACACUAAACCCGCCGACAGUUUUAUGAGUGUCACAGAAAAAAGUGAUGAAAAUCAAGUGAAAGAAACCAUUGAUUUUGAUCCAAAACAGAUAGAAGUUGAGGCAAAUUCUCAAAUUGUUACUAAUUAUGACAAACAGAGUCCACAAAUAGUCGACUCGCAAACAUUGUCUGAAAAAGUUGAACACAUUAAAUCUAAUAACACUGGCAGUGAUAAUAAUGACAAACCUCAACACAUUGUUAAUCCUAAUAUUGUUGAAAUACCAUUAGAAAUACAAAACAAAGACAAAUCUUUGACUAUUACUGAAAAUAGUGAUAAAACCAUAGAAUCACACGAUAUGUCUGUAGAAUCUAUAGAUAGGAAGAGCUCUAUCGAUAACAGGAAAGAGAGUGAACAAGAAUUAUUGGCAAUUAAUCCCCAAAUGAUUGAUAAGUCAAUAGUUCCCGAAGAAUAUUCUGAAAAUUCUCAGAUUUUAGACAAAUCAAGUGAUUCUAAAGAUAACUCUUUGUCUGAAGAGAAACCAAUUAAAGUCGACCUUAAUGUUGACGACAAGUCAUUAGAAUCUAUCGAUAGUUCGGUUGAUAUCACGAAAGAUAGUAUUGAAAAUCUCUCAACAGUUGACUCCGAUAUUACGGACAGAGCUAUAGAUUCUGACGACUCGUCUCUGAUUAUUGACAAAAUAAUUGAUACUAAAGACAAAUCUUUGAAUGAAGAAAAACAAUUAAAAGUUAGUCCUAAUGUAAUGGACAUACAAUUAAAUGUCACAAAUAAGGACAAUGAGUCUGAUAUUGUUAGUGAUGGUAAAGACAUUACAGACAAACCAAUUGAUUCUUUGAGUGUUACUACAGAAAGUGAUGAAAAGUCAUCGCUAACCACACAUCAAACAAUUGACAAAUCUUUGAGUGAAUCUUCGAGUAUCUCUAUGGAUAGUCAAGAAACACCGUCAGUAAUCAAUUUAACCACUGAUAACAAAUCGAAAGACAUCUCUUUGAAUGUCUCUAAGGAUGAUAAAGAGGUGUCUUUGGAUGUCAGCCAUACUAUUGCUGAGAUUGAAAUAGAUAUUAAAAAUAAGGAGAAAUCAGAUGAAAAUCAAUUGAAAGAAAGCACAGAUUUUGACGACAAACCAAUUGAAACUCAAGAAAAUCUUCGCAAAAUCUCUAUUGCGAAAGAAAAGAACUUAUUGUUUGAAACAACUGAGAAACAGAUUGAGUCAAACAAUAAUAUUCCUGAAAAGAGUGGUAAAAUUGAAGAGAAAGUGAGUCCUAAUACUAUUGACAAAACGUUAGAAUCGAAACCUAUUGACAAUUCUUUAUAUAAUGAAAAAGUAUUGUUGAGCCUUAAUGUUGAGGACAAGUCACCAGAAUAUAGUUCUUUAAAUAUCACCAAAGAUGUCAAAGAAAAACCUUUGGAAACUUUUGCUGAGAAUGAAACAGAUAUUAGUAAUAAAGAUAACACAUUAAGUGUUUCUGCAAAGGAUUCUGAAACUCAGUUGAAAGAAAGCACUGGUUUUGAUGUGAAACCGAUUGAAACUAAAAAAAGCUCACAAAUUAUCACUAAUAAUAACAAAGAGAGUCCGCAAAGAGUCGGUUCUGACACAAUGUCUGAAACAUUUGAUGAACACAUCAAAUCCGAUAACAAUGAUAAACCUCAACAAAAGAUCUCUAUCGAUAACAUUAAAGAAUUAUCGGCAAUCAAUCCCCAAAUGAUUGAUAAGUCAAUAGUUCCCGAAGAAUAUUCUGAAAAUUCUCAGAUUUUAGACAAAUCAAGUGAUUCUAAAGAUAACUCUUUGUCUGAAGAGAAACCAAUUAAAGUCGAGUCAAUUAUUACUGAAACACCAAUUGAUGCUAAAAACACAAACAAUACAUCGAUGUCUUCACACCAACAGUUAUCUCAUCCAAAAAGUGAAACAAUUAAUAGCUCUGAAGAGCCGGCAAAAGCGGCCGCACAUCCCGUGCCUAACAAAGAGAUUACAAAACAACAAACACUUGAUUCAAAUGAAAUAAAUAAAAUGGAAAUCAAUUUGAAUGAAGAAAACAAUGCAAACACUAAAAGAAGAUUUAGUGUCGAAAUGUCACUCAUAAGUGGUAAUGCCGAGAAUGAAGUACUCAUACAAAUCCAUUCAAACGAAUCGCUUUAUAAUCAAAGAGAUCGCAAUUUACAGCAAUCGGAGACUUUGCCCAAUAGUGUCACUAAAUCGUUACCUCUUAAAGAUAAGUCUUUAAGUGUUUCCGAAAGCAGUGAUAUUACACCAAAAAGUCCACAAAUAGUCGACUCGCAAACAUUGUCUGAAAAAGUUGACGAAUACUUUGAAUCUAAUAACAAUGGCAGUGAUAAUAAUGGCAAACCUCAACAUAUAAGCUCUAUCGAUAUCACUAAAGAGAGUGCACAGGAAUUAUUGACAAUUCAUCCCCAAAUGAUUGAUAAGUCAAUUGGUAUCGAAGAAUAUUCUGAAAAUUCUCACAAUUUAGACAAAUCAAAUAUCAGUGACAGAGGGCUAGAUUCCGGCGACUCGUCUCUGAAUACUGAUAUAACUUUUCAGUUAAAAGACAAAUCUUUGACUAUUAAUGAAAAUAGUAGUAAAACCAUAGAAUCACACGAUAUGUCUGUAGAAUCUAUAGAUAGGAAGAGCUCUAUUGAUAUUACCAAAGAGAGUGCACAGGAAUUAUUGGCAAUUAAUUCCCAAAUAAUUGACAAGACAAUUGGUAUCGAAGAAUAUUCUGAAAAUUCUCACAUUUUAGACAAAUUAAGUGAUAUUAAAGAUAACUCUUUGUCUGAAGAGAAACUAAUUAACGUCGAGUCAAUUAUCACUGAAACAGACAAUUCAUCGAUGUCUUCACACCAACAGUUAUCUCAUCCAAAAAGUGAAGCAAUUAAUAGCUCUGAAGGGCCGGCAAAAGCGGCCGCACAUCCCGUGCUAUCAGAUAACGUCAAACAGAGCACACAUAAUAAGCCUAACAAUGAGAUUACAAAACAACAAACACUUGAUUCAAAUGAAACAAAUAAAAUGGAAAUCAAUUUGAAUGAAGAAAACAAUGCAAACACUAAAAGAAGAUUUAGUGUCGAAAAGUCACCCAUAAGUGGUAAUGCCGAGAAUGAAGUAUUCAUUCAAAUCCAUUCAAACGAAUCGUGUUAUAAUCAAAGGGAUCGCAAUUUACAGCAAUCGGAGACUUCGCCCAAUAGUGUCACUAAAUCAUUACUCCUUAAAGAUAAGUCUUUAAGGGUUUCCGAAAGCAGUGAUAUUACACCAAAAGACAGCCAUAAUAUAGAUGACAGUCAAACAAACACUAAACCCGCCGACAAUUCUAUGAGUGUCACAGAAAAUAGUGAUAAAAUUCAAAUAGAAUUUGAGAGUCCACAAACAAUAGUCGACUCGCAAACAUUGUUUGAAAAAGUUGACGAAUACAUUGAAUCUAAUAACAAUGGCAGUGAUAAUAAUGACAAACCUCAACACAUAGUUAAUCCCAAUAUUGUUGAAAUACCACUAGAAAUACAAAAUAAAGACAAAUCUUUGACUAUUAAUGAAAAUAGUGGUAAAACCAUAGAAUCACACGAUAUGUCUGUAGAAUCUAUAGACAGGAAGAGCUCUAUCAAUAUCACUAAAGAGAGUGCACAGGAAUUAUUGGCAAUUAAUCCCCAAAUGAUUGAUAAGUCAAUUGGUAUCGAAGAAUAUUCUGAAAAUUCUCACAUUUUAGACAAAUCAAGUGAUAUUAAAGAUAACUCAUUGUCUAAAGAGAAACCAAAUAAAGUCGAGUCAAUUAUUACUGAAACACCAAUUGAUACAAAGAAAACCAAUACUUUGAAUAAGGAAAUUGAAUUUGAAUCACACGAUAUGUUUGUAGAAUCUAUAGACAGGAAAAGCUCUAUCGAUAUCACUAAAGAGAGUGCACAGGAAUUAUUGGCAAUUAAUCCCCAAAUGAUUGAUAAGCCAAUUGGUAUCGAAGAAUAUUCUGAAAAUUCUCACAUUUUAGACAAAUCAAGUGAUUCUAAAGAUAACUCAUUGUCUAAAGAGAAACCAAUUAAAGUCGAGUUAAUUAUUACUAAAACACCAAUUGAUGCUAAAAACACAAACAAUACAUCGAUGUCUUCACUCCAACAGUUAUCUCAUCCAAAAAGUGAAGCAAUUAAUAGCUCUGAAGGGCCGGCAAAAGCGGCCGCACAUCCCGUGCCUAACAAAGAGAUUACAAAACAACAAACACUUGAUUCAAAUGAAAUAAAUAAAAUGGAAAUCAAUUUGAAUGAAGAAAGCAAUGCAAACACUAAAAGAAGAUUUAGUGUCGAAAAGUCACCCAUAAGUGGUAAUGCAGAGAAUAAAGAACUCAUACAAAUCCAUUCAAACGAAUCGCUUUAUAAUCAAAGAGAUCGCAAUUUACAACAAUCGGAGACUUCGCCCAAUAGUGUCACUAAAUCGUUACCCCUUAAAGAUAAGUCUUUAAGUGUUUCCGAAAGCAGUGAUAUUACACUGAAAGACAGUCAUAAUAUAGAUGACAGUCAAACAAACACUAAACCCGCCGACAAUUCUAUGAGUGUCACAGAAAAAAGUGAUAAAAAUCAAAGUCCACAAAUAGUCGACUCACAAACAUUGUCUGAAAAAGUUGACGAAUACAUUGAAUCUAAUAACAAUGGCAGUGAUAAUAAUGGCAAACCUCAACACAUAAGCGCUAGAUUCCGGCGACUCUUCUCCGAAUACUGA